UUUUGAAUGCAAAGACUUUUUGUCCACUUUAUCACUUACUUUGUUGACAACUAUCACAAUUCUUUGAACAAAUGUCGCAAGAGUCAACAGAAUAUACUUUCUAGAUACUUGAGACUAUUACGUUGCAAUCCUGGAUACUUGCCUUGCCUUCAUCGUUUACCCAAGUCUCCUGCGCAUCAAACCCAACACAACUCAUUGUUCCUGAAUAUGCAAGAAGAUAGUAAUGAUAGAGAACAACUUGCAGAAGAUCCAGUCUCUGGUUCAAGUAUUCAAGAGAACCAUGGAGAACAGGUGUCUGAUCCUUGGGCAGUAUCAAGGAGAGAAGCAACCAGGGCAUUUCUAGGAUUGUUUUUGGUAACUUCGUUGGGAAUUGUCUUCCAUCGCUCCAAACUGUUAAGACGGUUCUCCUUUGCAGCCUUCUUCGGACAUUUGAGAAAUCGAAUACCAACAGAUAAGCAAAGUCUUUGGCGUUUUACUUUUCAUGUACAAAAGGCAUAUCGUCUAUUGAAUAUUUCAACUUUGCGUUGGAUAAAUGUUGAAGAACCUCCUCCCAUUUUGGAUAACAAGCUACUUGUUGUAUUCUUAUGGCGUUCAAGUGAUAUUUCCAAUCCCGAUUAUGUUCGAGUUUUACAAAGAAUAUCUGUCUCCUAUCCUCAAGUUGCUGUAGUUGCCAUUCAUACUCCCAAAUUUGAUUAUGAGAUUGAUUCUCAUUUUGUUCGUAUUGCUUUGGAAGGUUUUGAUAUGAAUUUUCCUUGUGCCUUGGAUUCGGAUUGGCAAGUUUGGAAGUCGAUUGGUGCAAAGGAUUGGCCUACUGUUCUUGUAUUAGACCCAAACUAUCAUAUUUUAUUUGCUAUUCCAAAAAACAAAUUCCAUCUUUUGGAAGAUUGUAUUACUACAAGUCUCGACUAUUUUUCAGAAUAUCCAUUUGUAAAGGGAGCUAUUGCCAAGACUAUAAAGUUCUCUUUGGAUCCAAUGGAGCGUGCUUCACCACUUUGUUCACCUGGAAAGAUUGCCUUGGACUUGAAAAAUGGUCGCCUCUUUAUUUCUGAUUCUGGUCAUCACAGAAUAUUGAUUGUCACUAUGGAAGGCCAAUUUUUGGAUCAAAUUGGCGGAUUGAGGGUAGAGGAUGACUUUAUAUUAUCUGAAAAGGAAAGUAUGGGAUGGAAGGAUGGAAGUUUUGAAGAAACUAGAUUUCGUAAUCCUCAAGGAAUGAUAUACAAUGAAGAAUAUGAUGAGUUGGUCAUUGCAGAUAUGUGGAAUGAUGCCAUAAGAAUUGCUCAUUUGAAACAACGACAAGUAAGAACUACAGUUCUUCAUUCCAAAAGUAUUGGAGUUUUGUCGUUUUCAGGGACAUCGGAAUGUACUUUUAGGUAUCCUAUGGAUGUUACUAUUUAUGAGAAUACUAUUUUUGCAGUAGCAGCAGGUUCUAAUGAGAUUUGGAGUUUGAAUCCCUCAGGAGAGGUCAAGUUGGUCUGUGGAAAUGGCAAGUAUCCUUCUGGUCAUAUAGAUACAGAAGGUGACUUGUCUCGAGCAAGACUUUGUGCUCCUAGUGGAAUUACUGUUUCUCCUAAUGGAACAUUAUAUGUUGUCGAUUCCGAUUCAAGUAUCAUAAGAUGGCUUUCUAUGACUAAGAAUCAAGUGGGUACUUUAGUUGGUGGUGAUGCUAUCUUUACUGGCAAUUUAAGUGCUUUUGGAGAUAGAAAUGGUGUGUCUUCCUCUGUUCGUUUACAAAGGCCAAUGGGAAUUUGUUAUAUGGAUAAAGAUCAGUUAAUAGUAGCGGAUACUUUUAAUCAUAAACUAAAGUGUAUUCAUACUAUACAAAGAGACUGCAGAUGGCUAUGUGGUGAUUCUCAGUUGGGAUAUGUAGAUGGACCUAAGACGUAUGCCAAGUUCCAUUGUCCUUGUGAUGUUGCUUGGGAUCCUAUUUCGCAACGUUUAUAUAUUGUCGAUAGAGAGAAUCACGUGAUUCGUUGGAUGGAUUGGAAUAGUAAUGGAAUAGUUCAUACUUUACAAUUAUUUGGAUUUCCUACUUGGUGGUUUCAUUAAAAGUGGAUAUCAAUCUAUAGGAAAUAUGAAAAUAUUACAAGCAACGGAAGAGUUGGUCACU